AUGGCCAAGUUCUCAACAAGCAAAGACGACGGCUUCCAAACGCUAGUGAAAAAACUGCGUAUAUUUAUUGACGUUGCUAAGCUCAAGGUCUCCGAGAAUUGGAAAGAUUGGGAAUGGCGGAAUGGUCCGCGAGUAAUCCAGAAGCAGCAACCAAAGGUUGACCAAAACGGCAAGGAAUUUGCCUUGGGUAUAGUCUCAAGUAUCACAAGAAAUCCUUAUUUCACUGGACGCGACGAAAUACUGCGAAGCCUCAAUCAAAAGCUCUCACUACCAUUGCAUAGUCGAGGUCUGAGCCUGGUGGUGCUCUAUGGAUCAGGCGGCAUGGGCAAGACGCAGAUUGCUACUGAGUAUGUGCAUAGACACCACGCCGACUAUACGUCAGUAUUCUGGAUUGAUGGAUCUCGUAACUCUACUGCUUCUGCAGACAUCCUUGAUUGCAUCGAGGCACUUCAGCAACAUUACGAGGUUCAGGGUCUGCGCAACAGGCCUUGGUAUAGCCACAUUAAAGAAACGUUGGCUAAACGGGUAAAAGAGACCCAUUCCGCGUCUUUGUCUGAUGUCAGCGAUCAGUCACUACGAAAGAUGUUCCUGAAAUGGCUUUCAUAUGAUGGAAACUGUGGCUGGCUCAUGGUUAUCGACAACGUCGAUGACCUUGAUAGUUUUGACUUUAGAGAUUGGCUGCCACCGACCUUGUGUGGCUCCAUUAUCAUGACGUCUCGUAGAAAAGAUCUUGCUCUUCAUUGGAACUCCAUCGAAGUAGACGGGAUGACUAUCGACGAAUCAAUGGAGCUAUUGAACAAGAGUAGCCGUGCUGUUCCCGUUAGUCAUUCUGCACAAGCUCAUUGGAACUAG